AUCCCCCGGCCGGGAGCGGGAGCGGGAGCCGGAGCCGGGCGGAGCGCGCCCCGCGGCCGGAAGGAGGGCGGCCAUGGGCGCCAGGCAGAGCGGCCCGGCCGCCGCCGCCUCCGCCGCCAACGGGCGCCCGCGGGCUUACUCGGGCUCGGACCUGCCUUCGAGCGGCGCGGGCGCUAACGGGGUCGGGGUCCGGCCGGCGGAGGCGGCGGGGGCGGCGGGAGCGGCGGCGGGGCGCCCCCCGGCCCCGGGCCCCGGCGCCGCCCCGGCUGCGUCCGGGAGCGCGGGGGCUGCGGUCCCGGUGGCGCCCCGGAGCCGCCCCAUCGCCACCCCGAUGGCGGCGGCGGCGGCGGCGGCGGCGGCGGCGUUGGGUGGGCCGGGAGGCCGAGCCGCCCAGUCUUCCGUGACCAUCCCGAGCGGCGUCGUGGGCGUUGUCGGGGGCCCGUACGGCUCGCAGGACUCUGUGAACAGCAGCCCGGAGGACGGCGGAAGCGGCGGCAGGGCCAGGGACCGUUCUGGCGGCGGUGGCGGCGGCGGCCCCCGGCUGGUGAUCGGCUCUCUCCCCGCCCACCUGUCCCCGCACAUGUUUGGAGGCUUCAAGUGUCCAGUGUGCUCGAAGUUUGUACCUUCAGAUGAAAUGGAUUUGCAUCUUGUGAUGUGUUUAACAAAGCCAAGGAUAACCUAUAAUGAGGAUGUGCUGAUUAAAGAUGCUGGGGAAUGUGCAAUAUGCCUGGAAGAGUUGCAGCAGGGAGAUACGAUUGCAAGACUGCCUUGUCUAUGCAUAUAUCAUAAAGGCUGCAUAGACGAAUGGUUUGAGGUAAAUAGGUCUUGCCCUGAACACCCCGCAGAUUAAGGACCAGAUUCCUGUGUAUAGGUUUUCUUAUGUCUUCUUUUCAAGAUGCUUGGAAAACCGAAAAGAUAAGAGAAUCUGAAAACAAAGAUGCGGGAAUAUCCAACCAGAAAUCUGAGUUCUGUGGAACUACUUGACGAAGAUGGACAAUCAAAUGGAAGAAUCCUACUGAAAGGACAGUUGCUUGCUGUAGAGCUCAGUGUACCAAACUUGCAUAUAAAGGACACACAGGGAUUUUGAAAAUGCUGCACACUGAAUAGUCAUCUCCCAGUUCUUGAUAAAUAUUUUGUAUUCAAACGCCAAAGUUAACUGAUUUCUUAGUUCAUUUCUUUUUUAAGUUCUUUAGCACUGCAAGCAGGUUAUGGUGUUUUCUUUUGGUUCGUCUCACUUUUUUCCAGCAUUUCUUCAUUUCUGAACUCCUGAAUGAGGAAGAUCACAUAUUUUCUUCUCAUGAAUUAAAGUCUCCAAUGUCAAACAGAGAUAUAAUCCAGCAGUGAAAGUUUAUUCCUGGAAUAUCAAUCAUGGUCUCAGUGUCCGUGAUCUCAAAUCCCCACCCCAACACACUUUUUUCCCCCCACGAGUGCAAAAUGUAAAUUUCUGCAUAGGAAAAAUAUAUUAUAUAUUUAAUUUUUUAAAUGGGUAUUUAAUUGUCAGAAUGCAAUCCAAAGAGUAAAAUCAUGUUAGGUUAUUACAUUUGAACUGCUCAACUAAGAUUGCUACACUGUUACAGUUUAAACAUUCUCAUUUCUUUUUUAACUGCUUGCCGAUAAGACUACAGUAAAACAUAAACUUGCAGCUAUGCAACUUUUUUAGGAGAAUAAGAAUUACCAAUCUUAAAUGCUGCCAGCAACAGUAAUUUCAUUUUAACGGGUAUUUUUUCAUUUAAUUUUUUUCAGGAAGUUAUUUUACUGUAUUUUAUUUUUCAUUUACAGGCUGUCACUCUAGGUUUGGGAGGCAAGGAGGAGUCUGUAAUUUAGGUUAGUUACAGAAAUGAGCAAAAGAAGAGUUUCCAAGUUACUAGUAUUGAACUCUGGGGAUAGAACUCACUUUAAUUUUGGGGAACAUUUGAUGUAGAUUUAUUUUUUUAAUCAAAAUUAGAACAUCUUUAAUCAUUUGUCACAUAAUCUAGAGGCUGGCAUUUGCUAAGUAAUGCUUUUUCACAAGUACCAACAUUUUCUUAAUUUAUAAUUUAUUCAUGUAUUAUUAUUGAACUGUGGAACAUAGGACCUGAAGAGACUUCUUAACCAAGUCGUCAGCAGGAAGAAAAUGUUGUGAGCAAAAUUUUGUGAAUAAAUAUUAUCAACAGCAAAAUAUAUCUGAAUAGUUCAAAAAAUACUGGAAGAGAUAGGGCUAGAGAAGAACAUCUUUUAAAAAUCAAGAAUUUACAAAUAUGUAAUUUCUACAGUUUCAACAUAAAGGAAAAAUGUGAUCAAUGAAUAUUAGCAGUGCACUUUAAUUGUACGACAUAAAUGGAAGUUGCCUAGUAAGGAGUUCUUACUGCAAGCUUUUCCUCAAAAGUGUUUAGGUAUUAGAUUGUCCAUUUAAUGCUAUUGCACUCAUGUUUUUAAUUUCUUUAGAUUUUUUCCUAUUCUGUUGUUUCUGUUUUCUUUUAAGAAGGACAAGUAUAGAAGCAACUGCUGCUACCCAGAAUAACUUGUUGGUUGUAAACUGACUUUUUAAUUGCUUGCUGGGGAUUGUAGAAUAGAUAACAUUUUUCCUUAGAGUUAUGAUGUGAAAUGUCUUUUGUUAUGCUGCAAGUGAUAAAGAAAUCCAAAAUUCCUUAUGUCCACUGAAAGCACAGUUUCAACUGUGCUUUUUAAACCAUUAAGGAAAAAGUUCCUCCUCCUUUAUUGGUCUUAUUAAAUCUGAGUGGAAUCCUUAUGUCAUUUAUUUUUUGUUUUGUAAAUUUUUACUCCCCUCACCCCUUCAAAUUAUAAUCAAAUAAUACAUUCAUUUUCCUUAAUUGUGGUAAGAAUUAAUUUUGUUGCCUUACAUUCUUGAAGGAAAAGUCAGUUAUUGAAGCUCUGAUAGUUUACUGCCGAUAUUUUCCUGGAGUUUACUUUUAUGAUUUGAUUUGUUUCCUUCAUUUCAUUUUCUGAAAAUAAGUGUGAGUAUUGUUGGUUUAAAAUUCACUUUUUGUGCACACUGGUAACUCUCCAAUCUGUCCCACAGAUCAAGGUGGUAAUACUGUCAAAAUAAUUUGUUUUUCAGAGAAGAAAAUCGGUGUUGAUUAAUGUCCUGUUGUGCUAGAUUAUUAAAACCUAUAUAGAGCCAAGUUUCAACUUAAAUUAGUCGUUGGCUAGCCCUUCCUGUAAUAAAUUCUUCAGAAGUUUCUUCCAGUUACUUUCUCAAAAUAUUAAUCUCAUAAGUAUUAGAAAAUUGAAUUUGAAAUGCAAGUGCUCUAGAGUUUGAGUUCCGAACCAAAAGUUAACAUAUUCUAGAAAAUGCAGGCAAUACACUGCUCCAAGUUGCAGUGCAAACUUCUUUUUAAAUACUUGAUAAUAAUAUUUGUUCACGACAUCUUUAUCAGGGAGAUAUUUAAGAUCUGAGUCCUAACUACUGAAGGCUAAAUGUCCAGAUUUUGAAAUGAAGGCUGAAAGUCCUGAUUAGUGAUCGAAUUAGGUCCAUGUCACUUUUGUAAAUACUUUUUUUAAAGAAGAAAAUUUGCUGCCUUUAGGUAGGGAAAUGUAUAUAGGGGAAGCAAUAUGUUUUAAGGUUUUUGAGUGCCAUGCUUGGUCUAUAAACACGUUAAUGCCAAUUUUGACUCCCCAAGGUUCCUUCAGCUGGCUCAUUUCUUGCCAUAGUAUGUAAAAGAAACUCAGGUUUUACUACAAUGAGCAAUUUGUUAGUAGUCAGUAUAUUUUAAAAUCAUUUUCAAAACCUGAUCAUGAGCCUGGUCAUAGUCUGUGUUUCAAGAGCAGCAACGUAAGUAAUGCAUGUUUGAGUGUUUGAUUUUGUGGACUAGAUGAAACAACAUCAAGAAAGUCACACUGUUGUUUGUUCUCUAUUUCUUAUAGUGCAACAGUUCUCUUUCUCUUUAAAUGCAAUGAGGUAUUUAAAUUUUCUCUCUUGAUAUUUGACUUGAUCAAAGUGUAAAAGAAAAAAAAGCAUGUAAAGCUUUUCUGCGAUACCUGCAAUAUUUAUUUCAAAAAAUGAUUUGUUUAAGUGAACUAAUUUGAGUAAUGUUAAAUUCAUUUUCAAGAUUUAGUUUACUGCAGUAUUUCUCAAACUAGGGGUUGGGUAGGUUUAGACCAAUGUUUUGAAGCUGUGAAUUCUGUAUGAGCAUGGGAUAUACAUUUAUUUGAAAGACAAUGUAGAUUAUGUAAAAAAAAAAUUCUGGUAUUUGCAUACUAAUGAAAUUGGAGGAUGAGAAUUUCCUAAUAAGCUCCACUAUUCAAGAUUCUCUCAAGCCAUGCCAUAUGUGAGAAGGGGAUUGAAUUCAACUUCUUACUGGCUUCUACAUUAUUCAUCAACUGAUUUCCACAUCAUUUUUAGCUUAAAGAAUAUGUACAAGUCAAUUUAAGCCAUUUUUCAGUGAGAGGAAAUUAGUGAAGUGAUGAUAAUUGGUAUUAAUGCAAUUGGUCUGUCACAACUAGGUGGCUUAGAAGGGGCAGCCAUUUUUCUUGCAGUUAAAGUUGCCUUAGGGAAAUCUUGUUAGGCAGCUAUUGUGAGAUUGACUGUAAAGUCAUUUUAUUAUUCUUGUGCAAGUGUUUUUCCUAGUAGAGAAGUGCCUAGCUCAUAAGGAGCUAUUUUUUUUUUUGCUUGCCUUUUCUUCUGCAGUGUGUGGCUUCUGAUUCAUUCUUUGGUUUUGUGACUAUGUAUUCUUUCUAUCUCUUGGGUUUUUAGCUUUCUUCCUAAGCCAGAUAUAGUCGUUCUAAGUGGCCACUUGAUAUUUUCCUUUGAGACGAGAGGAAGGGUUUUCGUUAAUUGCCACUGGAAACAAUGAUAUUCCUGUCUGACAACAGCAGGGGCAGUUUUUCCAGUUGCUCAACUCUGUCCAAGCAAAUUGCCUGGGGUGUGGGACCCUGAAAUGAGGUCUCAGCUUUUAAAAACAAAAGCAAUAUGUUCUAUUUCAAACAGAGGUUUUGAUUUACAAUAGGAAAUGAAUGGCUUACCCCCACAGUCACCUGCUGGCUGUUUGCCAAAAAUAAGAGUCAAGAUCCUUCCCAAGACUAAAUGUGAGAAUGAAUCAUUGGUUUCUGAAGAUGGGGCAGGACAGUACUGUUAUAGCUAAGGUCCAGAGAAUCGGUAUAUUCAAUCCAAAAGCUGUUUUUCCCAAAGUAAACAGCUGUGGGGUCUUUUUAAAAGGAAAGGCUUAAACUGGAACUAAUUAAGAUGUAUCCUCUUCCAUGCCUUCUGCCUAUGUCUCUGUAAAGCGGCUUCUCCUCCUGACCAUUUUUUGUAGCAGUAGUCCCUCCACAUUCUCCCUGCUCCCAGAGUAUUAAAAUUAGACAGACUUCGCACUGAUGGGUUAUAUUUGCCUUAAUCAGAUCUGUUUCGGCAGAAGGUGUUGUGCAACGAUGUAUUACAUUUUACUUCUUCCACAUGACUUCUAACUUAGGAGGUUCAAUGUUCACAAAUAAAAGAAACCACUUGUAAUCAUAACUGGUAACUAACCUCUUGAUGCAUUUGGUCAUUGUUUCCUUUCAGCUCUCCUGUAUCAGGAACUUGCAUCAUCAAAUAUUCUGUGGUAUAUAAAUUGGCACAAGCAUUCAGACAUAAUAUGAAUAGUGCACAGGCACUAUCCAUCAGAUGUCUAUAAGCUUACCAGUUUGAACUGAAGUGAAAUUACUCUAUCCCUGUUGUGUCUUAGGAAAUAAAUCUCCUAGAUAACUUAGGCAAAGCAUCUCAAUAUUUUUAAAUGGAGAGGUGAGAGGCAAGCUCUUUUUUUAAAAUGGCAUAUGUUAAAGCAUUUACUAUGUGCCAGGCACUGUACUAAGCUCUGGGGUAGAUACAAGUUAAUCAUGUUGGGCACAGCCCAAGUCCCACAUGGGGCUCAAGACCUUUAUCCCCAUUUUACAGAUGAGGUAACUGAAGCACAGAAAAGUUGCACAGUGGACAAAUGGAACUGGGAUUAGAACUCAGGUCCUAGGCCUGUGCUCUCUUCACUAGGCCAUACUGCUUCUCUUCAGGAACUGUAUUUUGGACUGCCCAAUUUUAGUGUAUUUAAAAGAUGACAGCCCAGCAAUGUCAUGCAACUGAGGAAAUAUAUUUUCUGACACCUUAUCAUUACUUGGAGUAGAGCAUAAAGGAUACAGCUAGUUUUGCGUACCUCUUUCUAAAAAAAUAAAAUGGGGCCAGAAGCGGUAAAUGAAACUCCAUAUCAGCUUAGGAAAUGUGUGGUUUUUGUAACAAUAAUAGACAAGAUGUCAUCAUUAUUCCCAGCAUAAGCAAGAAGGUCAUUUGAAAUGUUUAAUACAAAAACUGCCUGUAAACUUUGUAUUUGAGGAUGAUUGGAAGAUGAAACCGUAAAGUCUGUGGUUUUUUGGUGGUCUGGCAGUACACAAUCAUAUGAAUAUUUUUUCAUUGAUUUAGGGUAUGUUUAAUAACAUUCCAUUAUGUAAAAUAUGUAAUAAAUCUUUUGAAGUACAA